GGAAACACUGGGGAAUUUAUCUUCCAAGAGGGAACCAGUGUGGUGAAAACAUUUCUUAAGCUCCUCUCCAGCCUCCUGGUUGGCGCGUGCGUCCCGGACGAGGGGGCGGUGGGGUGGCGUCACGUCAUAUCGGCCGCCGCGCUCCGAUUGGCUGCCGAGCCUCACCCGACACAGCUGUGAUUGUUUUCCGCAGAGGAAGCCGCGCGAGGACCUGAGAGAGGAAGAAGAAGAAAGAAAGAGAAGAAGAAGAAGAAGAUAAAAACAAGGAGGAGGGAUCAGUUGAAUGAACAGAGCUUUCUGUCUGCACCAGACACUGAAGACGUCUGGAGAUCAAGCCACAAAGUGCCAAAUGUCGAGGCUGGAGGACCACUGCUGGAGCUGCUCCUGUUCUCCCAAGGCUGAGACCAAGCACUCUCCAUCCGGAGCCACCUGGCUGGCGUCCAAAGCCGACGAAAUGAUGUCCAUCAUCACCUCGGUGCUCAGCAAUGCCUACGGCUCGCUGCACGACGUCCGGACGGCCAACCUGAUCCGCCGGGGUCUGGUCCUCUUCACGGUCGGGGUCUUCCUCGCCCUGGUGCUCAACCUGCUGCAGAUACAAAGACAUGUCACCCUGUUUCCAGAGGAGGUCAUGACAACUUUGUUUUCGUCCGCCUGGUGGAUCCCGCCUUGCUGUGGCACGGGAGCCGCUGUUGUUGGUCUGCUGUACCCCUGCCUCGACAGCCAUUUGGGAGAACCGCACAAAUUCAAGAGGGAGUGGGCCAGCGUCAUGAGAUGCAUCGCGGUGUUCGUGGGAAUCAACCACGCCAGCGUUAAACUCGACUUCGACAACAAUGUGCAGCUGUCCCUCACGCUGGCCGCCCUGUCCCUGGGGCUGUGGUGGACCUUCGACCGGUCCAGGAGCGGCUUCGGCCUGGGCAUCACCACCGCCUUCCUAGCCACGGUGUUCACGCAGCUGCUGGUCUACAACGGCGUUUACCAGUACACGUCUCCGGACUUCUUGUACGUGCGCUCCUGGCUCCCGUGCAUAUUCUUCUCAGGCGGUGUUACUGUGGGAAACAUCGGACGCCAGCUGGCUAUGGGCGGUGUGGAGAAGCCUCACAUGGACUGAAGGGUGAACUACAGAGCAGCAGAGAGAAACACUAGCAGGUGACGGGCCGGCUGGAUAAAUGCUGAUCAGUUUCGUGAAGAAAGACGAGAAAAAAAGACUCGUUGGUUUUUUUGUUUUAUUUUUUUUUUUGCUCCAUCCUUUGUUGUCACGACAAAGUACAGAUCAGAAAAGCCCCUGGUCGAAGCGUGCCAUGUCCUCUGCACCUCCUUGUGGCCAAACCUCCUCUCCCUCCCGCCCUGCGUCGAUCUCCGUCAGCAUUAAGGCGCCCUCCUCCUCCCGGCAGGAGGGAGGACGCCGUCUGCCUUUUCUGUGCUCUUCUCUGAAGUGAACAGUCAAACGGUGUGUUUUUCUGGAGUGUUUGCGUGCUUUAGUGUGAAUGUAUCCAGAAGAGAGGACACGAGGGGCUGAUAUGUCUGUUUAGGUUUAUUCUUUCUUCUUUUUUUUUUUUUUAACGUAGCAUGAAUAUAGUAUGGUCAAAAAAGGGAAAUGCUGUUUGGGUGGGUUUGUUCCCACACAGAAAUGUAUUCGUUGACACGGGGGGAGAUGUAUGUUCCCAAUCAAACCAAAUUGAAGUAUUUAUUCUUCAAGUGUUCAAAGACCCCAAACCAAAUGUAUACUUCGAUAUUGAAUGGAAAAGCUACGAGAAAUUUCAUUCAUGAAAAAAGUUUUGUAUGUAAAUCUUAGAGGGGGGAAAAAAAACAUUUCUUUUUUUCUUUUUCUUUUUUUUAAUGAAUGACAGUUGAAUGAAGAGAAGAAAUAUGUAAGAUGUGCCAAUUAGUUCAUCACCAGUCUGCUUCUCACUUGUGUUUCUUCAGGCACACAAUAUGGCUAAAGAUGAUUAAGUCCACAAUAUUUUUCCAGAGAAAAAAGUCAGCAAUGUGUGGAUGCAGGGUUGAGACGAGCCACCCAGGUAGAGCUCGCUGGGCAGGAAUGUACCAUAAGUAUGCUACAACCAGUCAAUACUCUUUUUUUUUUUUCCAGUGUAUUUUUAUUACCUUUUGUAACUUGGGCUCCUCGUGUCGAGAUGUUCAACGGGCCUCGCACACGUUUUCCACUUGAAAGUUGUAUCCUCAAGCUAGCAGUGGUGGUUUGGGAACAUACACCUGUUAAAGGAGAGGGCGGGGACAUCAUUACUUAAGAUUUGCAAUCUGUGAUUGCCUGUGUAUUAUAGAAUGUAGUGCUUUUGUCACUAUAACAGUUUAGUUUUAUCAUUUGUACAAUGACAUUACUGCUUGUAUGUAUAAAGGCUUGUGUGUGUAAUCAGACUGGUAUUAUCACCAUACUAGACCUACAGUAUGUUAGUUAGUGUUUUGGGGGUCUAGAGGAUUAAGUGCAAUCAGACUAUACAUGAGCCGAUUAUUCCUUUUUUUUAUUUAUUAUUUCUGACGAAGGCUAAAAAAAUAUAUAUAUAACAUGUAAGUGUAUGCAGUGUGGAUCAUUCAAAAAAAAACAGCAAUAACAUCUUUGUUUUUCUUUUUUUCCUGUAAACUUUUGUCAGAUUCCAUGCCUUCAGAGUCAAAACCAAUGACUCUCACCAGAGAGAUGACAUGAAAACCUUGUAUUGUGUCAAAGUUGUAAAGGAAAAAAAAAACUCAUUCAGUAGCAUUAUUGAAGGAAACCUGAUUUAUUUUUUUAAACUACGUCGUCGCGGCGGGUCGUUUCAGACCGACUCCGCUCACAUUCAGGUGUGCUAAACUUAAGAGGAAGCUUUAUUUUUUGAGGUGGUGAAGCACCUUUUUGUUUUAUUGUUUUAAAGUUUCCUUGUGUGUUUGAUAUUUCAGCUGUGCAUUGUUUUUUGCUAUCUUGGAUUUAAGUGAAAAAUAAAAUAAAAAAAAAACACCUUUAAAAAUACUUGUGUCAACAUUAUUCUGAAGGGUUGGUGUGUGAUGAA